UUGGCUCAGGGUAUCUUGCAGGCCGUAGCGCAGCCAGCCAGUCCGUGCAAGUAGCGAGAGGGAAGAGUUGUGCUUACCAGGGUUCCGCGCGCUGCACCGCCACGCCAGGCAAUGUUACGCUCGACCCAGGUGGUGAUGCUGGUGGUGGCGCUGGUGGUGGCACUGGUGGCUGGUGUGUCUUCCGCUCCUCAGUCUGUGUUUGGAGUAGAGACAGUCUAUCUUCCCAUCCAUCCCCUGACCUGUUUCUCGACGGUGCAGGAUCGGAACUCAAUGCAGAGGAAAGUGAAACUCAAGAAUCUCUUGACCAAGCACACCACACCAUCGGAGAAUUGCCCACUGAAUCAGAAGGAGGGAAGGAGCUGCCUGUUACUCUCACCGAUACAGACGAAAACACGUUCUCUAAAUUGCUGCCAGAGUUAUCACAGAUGAAGGGUGUAGAUGGCACUGACCAAGAAGUGGGAUCCGUAACUAAAAUGACCAGCGACUCUGUGUCAGAGGGGAGUGAUGCUGACAAUGGAAGGAAGCUUCUCGGGGUACAGCCAGAAAUUCCUGAAGCGCCCACUCCAAUAGACCCAAAGACCAAACAAACAACUGAGAUGAUUUCUGAAAUUGAAAAUAUUCUCAGGAGAGUAAGAGAGCAAUAUGAUAAAGGAAAUCAACCUUUGCCUGCACCCGAAAGUCAGGAUAGAAUUGACUCUCCACAGUCUCUCACAGAUUUGUUGAAACUCUCUGCGUCACAAGUAGACGAGGAAACAAAACAGGAAGAUCCCGUGGUAGAGGAAGCCAGACAGCGCUACAUGACUGCCUGGAAUGAAGAGGCAGAUCGUCUGAAUGCGCCAUUCAUGAAGGUGAACAAAGCAUGGCCAGAACUUGGAAUGGUUUACAUGCCUACAGUAACCGAAGUGACUGACCAAAUCAAGGCCGCUGAAUCAGUGAAGCAAGCAGAGCAAGCCUUCAAAGAUAUGUGGAAAAAAAGGCAAACAGAGACCAAUUCUUUUCCCUCGGGAGUUGAACCCAUCCUUAAGAUCUUCAGUAACUUCAUGGGUGCUUGGUCAUGGGCUCAGACUCUUGAAGAAAACCCAGAUACUCCUGAAAUAGAACCCAAUGAUCAGGGACAUGUUGGAAAGACUAAUGAUGACACUACACAUAGAAUAAAAACAGCGAGAGACAAUGGUUCUCGCUUGGGGACCAAUGAAAUGAAAGGUCUGGACUCACGCUUCGGAGAACUUCUAAGUAGUAUGUUUAACCAGAGAAGGCUGCAACCAGUGUUUCCUCCCAGCAGCGAUUCAAGACCUCAACACCCCUUAAAAAAUCUGGGUGAUAAGAAAAUAAGGUUAUCUUGUUCUGUGGAGCCUGAUGUGGUGCACGAUGACCCUAAUAUAGUUGGAAUCCCUGCUACUGACCACAGACCUGCGAUCGGUUUACCUAUACACAACACAAAGCCAAUUACUAUUCCUUCUAGAGUGGGAAUUCCAAAACAAGGCAACUCUAAUUAUGUACCACCCGUAAGACAACUAAGUGAAGAGCAAAAAUUCAUGACAAACCCAAGUGCAUUCAUAAAGCAGUUAAAAGAUCGCCUCACUUCUCACGUGCCUGUCAGCCACGUUGCAUAUCCUGGCCCUCCCGUCAGGCAUGGGACAGUUAAGGUGCCCGUAAUAAACACAGAUCGACUCUCACUACUGCCAAGGUAUCCCUACACUGUGGAAGCUAUUGGCGAGCUAGAUGAUUUCCAACUCUCUGAAGAAGAUGCCGCCCUCCAAUCCUUUGAGUCUGAGGAGCAGCCCAGCCGUCAAAGUGCGUUCUAUCACAGGCAAGCACCACUGAUGGGUUACGACCAACACUGAGGCUCCCUGGAUUAUGUCAGGCACUUCAGGUAAUCGUAGUAGCUUUCUCUCUAUGACCCACUGUUACGCCAAAUGAGUCUGAUGGCAUUAUUCGUUUAGCUAUGGUUUUACUUAUUGCGAUGGAAACAGUAGCCUUAUAAUUCAACAGUAGGCGUAGGAGACUCAGUGGGUUGAACCUGAACAUUCUUGCAGCUACCGUGACAUUGUAACACGCAGUAGACAUGUUUCUACAGUAUAAGGCGACAGUUCCACAGUAAUAACACCCAAUGUUAUUACAGCAGAGUUAGAGAUGUGGUGCUUCGCUGAUCGAGUGACUGCUGUGGCUUUGGGCAUAUUAGGUCUAAUUUCAUACAAAUAAGGUAGGAAUUAAGUAAGGAAAACUAAUUUGCCAGAAGCUGAUGAGCGGAAAAUAUUAAAAUAAAGAUAAUAUUUCAUAA